GAGAGAGAGAGAGCAUGCUGACCAGUGGAGAGGUUAGUCUCCAACAAUUACUACACCACUUGUAUACACAAAGAUGUGUAGCCACAUAGGGACUGAAGCCAUUUCAGUGUGCCCUCACCAUACCCUAUACACUCCGACAAAAUUGGCACAGCAUUCCUGUUUCACUCAUGAAUACCAUAAGUUCUGCACAAAUAUAAGGAUGCAACGACCCUCCCAGCCCAGCUUAAGUACCAUACCUGGCAUACCCGUUUGAAGAAUAACAUCCAGCGUACACCAGACAUGACGUACCAAUCAUUUCUGUUCGGUAAAAACGUUGAUUAACACAGAUACCUAGUCACAGCUGUUCCCACCACAAUCACACUUACCAGUAUCCGGUCCUCAGCCAUCACAUUUCAACAUGAACUCCUGCUGUGCUUAGUAAACAGAAUGUAGGGAAGCCAUAAAAAUGUGCGCCUUAAAUGGAGUAAGCGCGUAGCAAACGUCAUAUAUUGAUCAAGUGCUCCAAUCUGGCUAUCAAAGUUUUAACAGGUUCUACAUUGACGUCACGACCCUGCUAUCAGCUGGCCAACAAAACACAUUAAUGACUUUUGUAGGCACUUUUCCAUCUAAAGACUCUUCUUAUCAAGCUUUCAACAUUAUGGUCAUCAAAGUUCUUAAAAUAAAGUCUUUUAAUUACAUUUCUAUAAAGUAGAAAAUGAGCUGUGACGUCGUAUUGUUAUGAUUUGGUAGCAAAUCCUAAGCUACCAUAUUUUUGGUGCUCAGGUCACGAGAACCAUCUUUCCAAGCUGGUUUGCAAUCGUAGGAUCAGAGGGAUCGAAACGAAAACAAAUAGGAGCAGAUAGGAUUCGAGGCGGGCGUCCGCCCCCCUCUUCGAGGCGAGGUGCAAUGGCAGCAGAGGUACUUCUAAUCACAGCAAAUGUUGGAUCCAUCUUUGAAGAUCCUGAAAACAUGCUUAAGAUAUGGAUGGAAGAAUUUUUAAAGCUGAUCCGGGAUCAAAAGCCAGAAUUUGUUGCCCUGCACUGCCAGGAAGUUGGUGGAAAGAAUUAUGAAACAAGCAUGCAACAUGUCAGCAAAUUUGUCAGGGACGUGCUGGCCAGCCCGGAGAUCGACGGCCAGUUCGACCGGGCCGUCAUCCUGCUGGACGAGGACUUUAACCGGGCGGCCAGCUUCACGGCGCUGGGCAACCUGUACCUGGUCAGCCGCCGACUGCAGGCCGUCCGGCUCUGGGACUGGCGCGAGGAGGCCUAUCGGCCGGUGGAGGACCACGAGGUGUACAGCGGCCACCUCGCCGGCGUUGCCGUGGCCGACAAGGACAAGUUCCCACUGGAGUACUUCCCCAACUGCAAGUGGUCCCGCAAGGGCUACCUGCGCACGCGCUGGGAGAUCCGCGGCACGGAGCUGGACCUCGUCAACAUCCAUCUCUUCCACGACGCCUGUAACAUGAUCGCCAUCGAAGCGUCCCCGUCGCCGUACUGCGAGAACCGGCGGCGUGCCCUGCAGCACACCCUGGACCGUUUCCAUGGCGACAAGCACAGCAACGUGCCCUUUUUCAUCUUCGGCGACUUCAACUUCCGAGUCAACACACACGGUGUCGUGAAGCACCUGACGAAGGACCUGAAGCCUCUAGCCAAGGCGGACCUGGAGAUGGUGGAGUUCCACGACGAUACGGAGACGGUCGUGCUGCGGGUGGGCAAGAAGGAGUUCUUCCACUCGACACACCAGGACACCUUCCUGCAGGACAUAUCAUGGCUGCGUAGCUUCGACCGCGAGCUGGACGAGUUUCAAGACCGACUGCACGAGUUUCCCAUCGAGUUCCCGCCGUCGUACCCGUUCGAGGAGAACGUGCAGCGCUCGCAGUACCUGAUGAAGACGCGCUGCCCCUCCUGGUGCGACCGCAUUGUUAUGAGCAAGUCGGCGCUGGAGAUCAUUCACCAGGAGGAGCCCUGUGACGUGACGUACGGCAUGGUCGGCAGGGACCGGUGUAUGGGAGACCACAAGCCCAUUUACCUGGCAUUCAACCUGAAGUAAUGCAAGGUAUCCUGGGCACAAACGUUUGUACAGUUUGCUGGUUUUGUCCGCUUCUGUGCUUGCUCGGUGUGCCCUUCCCUUUUCUGUGGUAGACUUAGUUCUGUGGCAUCGGAGCAUUUUCUCAGUAAUUAAACAUCUGCCCUGCGCCCAAGUAUUUUGGGAGUUUCUUGGUGUUGUACUAGCGACUGUCACAUGAUUCAUGUUAACGCGUUUUCUUUCUUUAAUGUGGUUUGAAGUAUGCAUUCUCAUGGAUGUUUUUUUACCGUCCUCCCCGUGCCUGAUUGGUUUUGUGGAGCAAUGCGCCUGUGUAGAUAGCCCUACCCCGCUUAGCUUUCGUCCGCGACGAUCCCCAGCUGGUCUGGGACUGCCUGCCGCCGUAGGUGUUACGACACCGGGCUCAACAUAAUCCGUCCGCAGUUUUGCACAUGAGACAGCACACAAGACAAUGCACGUGGUUUUCACCCGCCACAUUUCUGUAUGUGUGGGUGUGUGGUUGUGCGUGUAUGUGAGUGUGACUUGAGGCACGGUGCUUUUCGGCAAGCGACUUGCUGCUCUUAGAGAGAUGACAUAACGUGUAGGUACUGCUUCCUCUCUAGCCGCAGCCUCGGCUGAAUGAAAACAUGUAUUUGCGCCCUGGCAUUGUGAAACCCUGCGCCCGCUUUUGCCGUUAAAAAAAACUGUCAGUAUUGCAGUGGUUGUCGUCGACCAGCUUGUCGAUGCCAUACAGCUGUCGCCAAUGUCGUCGGGAUUGUAGGGACGCAGGUCCUCUGAAGAUGUCGCGUGAUUGGUAUCGCCCCCUGCCCGUACUGUAUAGACUAAUUGCUGGGACUGUCGUCCUCGCCUGGUGUGUUAGGAUUUACACGAACGCACCAGCUGAGUGCGCAUAUCAACUCAGCAGACGAGGACGAUAGUUCGAACAGUCAGUCCAUCCGUGAUCCUUCUGUAUUGUUCGCUACGCGCAGCUUUUGGUGGCUUUCCGUAGGGAAUAAGUCCGGUGGUGCCCGUCCCAAGGAGAAAAGUUCUGUGGGGGUGCCAAGAACACAAACCACACCACGACGCCACUUCGCUUGCAUGUUCCUGGCGUGCUAGUAUGAAAAUCUGCUGACGUUGUGUACACUUGGCGAAGUGUGUCUGCACGUGGCCGUGUUCGGCGCGGUCCUCCGUCCGCCAACGUCUGCCUAA